GCCUUGUCCGCCCGCAAUUGCGUCCCCCCGGGAAGCCGCCGCGUCUUUGGCGGGCCGGCUCGAUGAGUCAGGCGUGGCGGAGGGCGGAGGCCGGAGCCCGGAUGGAAGGCGCCGCGCGGGGUGAGUAGCCGAGCGAGCUCCCCGAGGCCUCCGGGUCGGCCUGGGCCUGGUCCCCUUUCCUCCCGGGAGCCCUCACAACAGCCCGGCGAGGUAGGGCGGGCCCGCGUCAUUUGAACCCCGCUCUCUCCCAGCUCCUAGGCCAGGCAGAGGCGAACUUCGGCCCUCCAGCUGUUCGGGACUACACUUCCCAUCAUCCCUAGCUCACAGGACCAGAGGUCAGGGAUGAUGGGAAUUGUAGUCCCAAAACAUCUGGCGAGCCAGAGUUUGCCUCUGCCUGUUCUAGGCCUUUGUUGUCCGUUAUUAAAAUUAUAAGUCACUUUUUCGCGACGGGAACUCAAAGCAACUUGCAAAAUGAUUUGACAAACAAACAAGGGUGCAUCAUCAUCAUGAACUGAAUUGAAAUACUUUAUUGUCACUGGUACAACUUGUAUACAGUGGUACCUCGGGUUACAGACGCUGCGGGUUACAUAUACUUCAGGUUACAGACUCCGCUAUCCCAGAAAUAGUGCUUCAGGUUAAGAACUUUGCUUCAGGAUGAGAACAGAGAUCGUGAUCCGGCAGCGCGGCAGCAGCAGGAGGCCCCAUUAGCUAAAGUGGUGCUUCAGGUUAAGAACAGUUUCAGGUUAAGAACGGACCUCCAGAACGAAUUAAGUACGUAACCCAAGGAACCACUGUACAGUGAGAUUACACCAGCACCCCCCACUCAGCUCUCUGAGUCUUAAUUCCCCUCGUUUACUGACGCACAUCCACCAAACCUGAAAGUCAGUUGCCCUGUUAUCUUUUCAUUCAGGAGCCUAACAGCCCACGGAUAGAAGCCGUUCUUUACCCUGUAUUUAUCCAAAAUCAUCAUCAUCAUCUUAUUUGUAUGCCGCCUUUCCAUAGUUAAAGUAAUGCUCAAGGCGGUUUACAACAUGACAGGAUUUAAAUAAUUACCAGUGUAACAAAAAUCAGAAACAAUAAAUAAAACACAUCAAAAAGUACACAGCCAAAUGGAAAACAAUUUCCACAUAUAUCAUAAUGCAUGCAGACAUGAAAACCAAGAAAGAGGGGGGAACACAUUUCAACAGCCCACCCGCCCUAAAAGGCUGUGGAUAAUUAAAAGCCAAAGGCUUGGUUAAAAAGGGAGGUUGUUGCACCGUGAAGCUGCUGAGCUGACUGCUGUGGUGUUCUGCUUUCUUUCUCUGCCCCCCACCCCUUUGCAGGAGAUGAGGAUGAAUCCAGCAACCAUGGAUCCCACAAGAAGAAGCACAAGAAGCAUAAGAAGAAGCACAAGAAGAGGCAUCACCGCGAGGAGGCGGGCCUGCCGCCAGUGGAGCCUCUGGCCGCCCUGCCAAAGCCUCAGCUGAAGCUCAAGAUCAAGCUUGGAGGACAGAUCUUGGGCACUAAGAGGCAUGUAGCAGGAUCUCCAGAAUUUAACUUUUUCCACAAAAUCUAGGCCCGUUUUUUCUUGUAAUAGUUUUCUUUCUUCAUUAUCCAGAUUUUUCUCAAUUACUUUGGUCUUGCUCUUGUUUAAUUUGAAUCCUGCUACCUGUUGGCCCUUGUGGUCUAUUCCAACUCUAUGAUUCUAUGAUCAAACUCUUGUAUCAGCUCCAGUGCUUUGACUGCACUGGAGUCUGGAUCUUGUAAUGUCAGAACUAGAUCAUCAGCAAAGGCUUUUAAUUUAUAUUGUUUCGAACCUACUGUAAUACCUUUGACUUGUUCAUCCUUUCUAAUCAUACUUAGCAAGACCUCCAGGACUGAAAUAAACAGCAGAGGGGAAAGUGGGCCCCCUUGCCUGGUUCCCUUCUCAAUUCUAAUUUCCUCUGAAACCUUUGGAUUUAUUUCUUGGAGUUGUAGGCAAACCACUGGCAUACGGUGGAUGUCAUAUCUAACAUAUAUGUAAAAUCUAAGCCAUUCAGAUAAGACAUAUGACUCCAAGCAAUGUUGAAACCACCUGUGCCACACAGCCUAGAAGAGAGAAUUUUGCACUGCUUCUAGAAAAUGCUCAAACCCCUCAGAGGGGGGGAGGGACUUAGCUCAGUUGUGCCCUCCAGGUUUUUCUGAUCCGUAACUGCUUUGCUUGGAUACCCCCUCCCUACCACCCAUUCCCCCAUCAGAGCUGGGUUUGGCUAAUCUCUGGGCCCUCCAGUUUACGGGUAUGAAUUCAUUGGCUUCCUCUUGUCUUCCCAGUGUACCAACCUUCACCGUCAUUCCCGAGAGGCCACGCUCUCCCUCCCCACUGAUGGUUGUGGAUGAUGAGGAUGAGCCGAUGGAAGGGGUGCCCAUUGAACAAUAUCGCGCAUGGCUGGGUGAGUGAUGCUUUUCCUGGGGAAACCCUUUGGUGUAGCAGAGGCCACAGCUGGAGGGGGCUCCUGGAGUUCUUCUAGAUUUGCUGGUGUAUAGAAGUGUGGUUUCUUUCUCUGUAUUAGCUCGUGCAGCUGUAGGGCCACUUAUCUAGUAAGGUGACAAGGCUGUGGUGCAAUAAGGUCCCCAAAAGAGGACAGGAAGAUUAGCUGCCUGAUUACGACAGAUUGGUCACAGCCAUAAACACAGUUAGAGUAUGAAACCACUUUAAACUUGCAAAACAGCAAGGCAAUUGCCCACUCACUCAGGGUAAGUUUCCUUCUGUUACUUUAUGGUGUUCGUCACUUGCUUCCAAAAUGAACUGAAACGUCAUCUUGUGAUUGCCUAUAAGACUGCAGAACAUGUUCUACUCUCAUUCACAGUAGCUUCAUUCUUUAGGAGUAGUUACUCACUGUACGUGGGGCUGCCCUUGAGACUGACCCAGAAUCUCCAGCGGGUGCAGAAUGCCGCGGUGCAACUCCUUAUGGGGUCUUCGCUGCGAGAUCACAUUCACCCAGUGCUAUACCAGCUGCACUGGCUCCCGGUGGAGUACAGGAUCAGGCUUAAGGUGCUGGUUCUAUCCUUUAAAGCCGUAUAUGGCCUGGGACCCUUGUACCUACGGGACCGCCUCUCCUGGUAUGUCCCACAGAAGACCUAAAGGUCUUCAAACAAAAACAUCUUGGUGGUCCUGGGCCACAGGGAGGUUAGGCUGGCCUCAACCAGAGCCAGGGCUUUUUCGGCUGUGGCCCCGAUCUGGUGGAACGCUCUGUCCCAAGAGACUAGGGCCCUGCAGGACUUGACAUCUUUCCACAGGGCCUGCAAGGCAGAGCCAUUCCACCAGGCCUUUGGCCAGGGCACAGUCUGACCCCCUCUCUCCUUCUGUAAUCCUCAUAGAACUCUAGCCCAAUGGUUGCCAUUAAUUUGAUUCUGAAUUGAUUUUAGAAUGUAUUUUAAUUAAUUUACUGUGUGAUUUUAUGUACACUGUGCUAUUUUUACUAGUUGUUAGCCACUCUGAGCCUGGCUUUGGCUGGGAAGGGUGGGAUAUAAAUUAAUUAUUAUUAUUAUUAUUAUUAUUACCCUUGCUACUAACCAAAUUUCCCAAGGUGGCUUAAACUUUUAUAACAAAAGAAAACAGGCAGUGACACAAUAGCCACUAAAACGGGGCAAAGGUGCAUAAAAAUCUCCCAUCCCAUUGUUCUCUGGUGUUGCAGCAAAUAUCAUUCUGCAGCUGAAUCCCCUGGCUGUUGAAGCAGCUGGCUGUCAGUCCCACAAAGGCCGGGCUGUCCUUCCUUGGCGGCUGCUACUGAUGUCCCUCGCAGCCCUGGCAGUAGAUACGGGAGGUGCAGGUGGAGCAGUGAUAUAAGAUGCCCCCCCCCCCCCAGUUCUCCAAUGUUGCAACUCAAAGUUAAGGCAACCUUUUCUUGCGCACAAACGCAGAUGAGGACAGUAAUCUGGAGCCGUCUCCCCUUCCGGAACUCGAUACUGAGGAGCAGCGCUGGCUGGAUGCCCUGGAGCGCGGGGAGCUGGAUGACAACGGGGAGCUCAAGAAGGAGGUGGACGAAUCCCUGCUCACAGCCAGGCAGGUAAGGAGGAGGAAGCUGUUACGGCAGCCCUCGCUGGGGAGCACAGACGGGGCUGGGGAAGCGGAGGAAGCCUUUGGUGCUCUGUUCCCAGAGUGAAUGUGUCACGUGGUGCCUGAGAGGCCCCGAAGGACUCUGGGGCAGCUUAAACUGAUGGAAUACUUGAUCCAGAAGGAAAACAGGGCCAGACCAAACGGCAGUAUGCAUGACCUUGACCUGUCUUGAAAGUGAGAGUUGUUACGGUAUUUCCUUUAGGAGUGAGAGUGUUCAGCCUCCAAAACAGGUUUGCUUCCACUGUGGCUCCCUGCCUGUGUGGGAGAUGGGGCUUCUAGUUUCAGUCUGUCAGGGGCUGAUGCUUCUGCAGGGGGUGGGAGCAGGGAUUUGUUCUUGCUCUCCCUCCUUACAGGCAACCCCAUCCCAGCACUAGUGUCCCAUAAGCACCUAAGAGAAGCCUGCAGGGUCAGGCCAGAUCUAGUCCAGCAUCCUGUUCUCACGGCAGCUAUGGUGGGAGGCAGGAAGACUUCUGAUUCCUGGCUGCCAGAAACCACAGGAGGGGAGAGAUGCUCUGGGCCUCGGGUCCUGCUUGUUGUUGUCCCACAAGAAACCCUUCAGCCAUAAUAAUGAUGAUGAGGGAGAAGAUGGGUCCCCACUGGCCUGAUCCAGCAUGCUCUAUGUUUUGUCAUCAUCAUCAUAAUAAUAAUAAUAAUAAUAAUAAUAAUUUAUUAUUUCAACCCCGCCCAUCUGGCUGGGUUUCCCCAGCCACUCCGGGUGGCUUCCAACAAAGAUGAAAAAUACAUUAAAAUAUCACACAUAAAAAACUUCCUUGAAGUCUUCUGAAUGUCAGGUAGUUGUUUAUCUCUUUGACAUCUGAUGGGAGGGCGUUCCACAGGACGGGCACCACUACCGAGAAGGCCCUCUGUCCUUGUUCUCUGUAGCUUUGCUUCUCGUAGUGAGCGAACCGCCAGAAGGCCCUUGGUGCUGGACCUCAGUGUCCAAGCUGAACGAUGGGGGUGGAGACGCUCUUUCAGUGAUACAGGACCAAGGCUGUUUAGGGCUUUAAAGGUCAACACCAACACUUUGAAGUGUGCUUGGAAACAUACUGGGAGCCAAUGCAGAUCUCUCAGAACCGGUGUUAUGCGGUCCUGGCAGCCGCUCCCAGUCACCAGUCUAGCUGCCGCAUUCUGGAUUAGCUGUAGUUCCCAGGUCACAGAGAGCGAAUUGCAGUAGUCCAAGCGGGAGAUAACUAGAGCAUGCACCACUCUGGAGAGACACUCUGUGGGCAGGGAGGAUCUCAUCCUGCGUACCAGAUGGAGCUGGUAGACAGCUGCCCUGGACACAGAAUUGACCUGCGCCUCCAUGGACAGCUGUGAGUCCAAAAUGACUCCCAGGCUGCGCACCUGGUCCUUCUGGGGCACAGUUACCCCAUUCAGGACCAGGGAGUCCUCCACACCAGCCCGCCCCCUGUCCCCCAAAAACAGUACUUCUGUCCUGUCAGGAUUCAGCCUCAUCCAUUGAUGCAAUAAAAUCUACCGUCAGAGUUGUAUCUUAGUGACACCCGAUAGUUGCCGCUGGGCCUUGCUGGCUGCCAGCCUCUUCAUUGGUCCUGCACAUUCUCUUUUUUUCUCUUUCUUUCUUUCCCUGCCCUCCAGAAAGCCCUCCUACACAAGCAACAGAGCCAGCCGCUGCUGGAGCUUCCAAUGGGCUACAAGGCCAAGGAGCUGACGGAGGAGAUGCUGGUGAAGCGAGAGGAGCGCGCUCGCAAGCGGCGCCUCCAGGCAGCCAAGAAGGCGGAGGAGAACAAGAACCAAACCAUCGAGCGCCUCACCAAGACCAGCAAGGCCAAGGUGAAGACUCUGCGGGAGCGCAAGGCCAAAGCGGCGGCCGCCCCGAUGGUCUCCUACCGCAACGCUGCCGACGGGAUCACGGUCUCCUUCCCUCUAGGGGUCUCCGCACCUCUGCUGCCCUCCCUGCCGCCUGCCGUGCCUCUGCCCACUCCCUGCGGAGUCGGGGGGUGUCCCAACCUCAAGCGGUACUCCUGCUCCCUCACCGGGGUGCCUCUCUGCAGCCUGGCCUGCUACAAGAAGAACUUGCUGCUCCAGCAGGUGGCAGCCUAAGCACCACCAUCCUUGCCAGAGGAGGACCACCUUGUGCGCCUGGAACGCCUCUAGGAAUGCCACCUCUGUGAUCUAAAGGAGGAUGUGGAAGACCUUCAUCCUCAGCCCCGAUAUGGGGAUGGCCUUGGGCAGGCUGUUUUGAUGGUCCUGACCAUGCUUGUCUCUCUGUAGUGGUCAGACAUGGGUCCCGCGGCCUUUGCUGACUGGACUGGCAAAGUGACCAAGGGUGGCAAGGCAACUGGCCCUGUGGCACCAAGAGACAAGUGCCUCUCUCAUGUGGGAGCCAGCGGAGACUGCACUCCUGGCAGCUGCUCUUGACAGAGAAGACAUAGCAUCACUCCUGCUGCAGCUACUGUGGUGGCACAGGAAGUUGACAUGGGCAGGAGGCAACCUCAGUAGUCUUGCCCUGGAUCUUUGGGGAAGGAGAAAAAACCCUUCCCAGUUGUAAAAUGGGGCCUCUCCUUUCUUUUCACACCUGUGUAAGACAGGAAGGAACCAGGUGCUUGGGUUCCUUGCCCAGAUCUACUUUGCCCUACAGAGAAACAUGGUUCCACUGGUGAUUUAUUUAUUUAUUGUAAUAAAAGACACAGCAAAGAUAAAAGAUACCCAGAAGUGCAUAAGGCUGGUCUCAUCAUUUGCUUGUUUUUUCAUCCCUCCCUUUGACAGUGAGCUCUAGAGGUGCUAGUGAUGGGGGUGGCCAGACCAGGUGUGUGGGGGGGGGGGAGACACUGGUGUGGUUUUCACAAACCAUUUUAGAAUGGACUGCUGCAGGGAUGCCAUGUCUCUUGCCUCCCCUUCCCAUGUUAGGUCAUGUAACUAACUGUAGUCUAUUUAGAGCCAAGCACGGAGGUCCAGGCAGCAAAUCUGGGAAGAAGCAGUGAAAUCCGUGUCUCUCAGGAAUCUGGUUGGCUACUGUGAGAAGAAAAUACUGUUCUCAACAAGCCCUUGGCCUGAUCCAGCUGCAAGGUUCUUAUAUUCCAAAGGACUGUGUGUACAUUUAAUAAUAAUAAUAAUAACAACAACAACAAUAAUAAUAAUAGCAGCAGCAGCGGGACAAAAUGGAAAGAGGUGUGGGAGCCACUGUGUUAGAAGCCAACCAAAUUUCAAACUACCAGUCUUGGGAUGGGCUCACCUGUAUUUUUCUAGCACAACAACUAACACACAUUACAGACCUACACAACUGAUGGCAGAGACACCCACCUUGAGUGUGCAGUUUGCACAGUCUAAGACUUUAGUGUCCCUCAAUGACCCCACUCCAAAAUUUGCUUAGAUUUUAAGCACCACUGUGAGAGACUGAAGUAGAUAAUACUUUAAAAUGCACUCCUUAAACCACAAUAAACUAACCAGUCUGCCCGGCAGCAUGAACUAAUAACCAUGUCUCAUGAAUUGGGUAAUAUCACAUUUUAAUAGAAAUUCUUAAUACGUUUAAUUUUGUGUUUGCAAAAUAAAUGAUUCUGUCUUUCAGUUUUCAAGACACACUACUCUUUAUUGUUGUCUAUCCUUAACAUAUACCUCAAGGCUUCAAAGCACACACAUUUCAGUAAUCCUUGUGAUAGCCCUUGUAAGGCAGACCAGUAUUACAGUGAUUGUUAAUACUGAUGUUAUUGUUUUUGCAUUGUAUUUUCCGCUGUGUAAUGACCAAGCUAUGCUUCAAAAGGUGGCCUAUACAAAAUGUUCUUGAUAAACCCAAGGCCAUGUUUACACUUCCGUGGCAUGGUGACCCAUGCUCUUUGCCAAGAAAAGCUGAAUUUGAAACUGCUUUGGCAGUCACAGGAAUUACACAGAAUGAUGUCACCCUGAGUGGCGCUUGAAGGCCAAACAAAAUGAGCCCACUGCUUUUGUUUCUUGGAUUGCUGACACUGUUUGUUGUCACUGUCUAAGUUGGCAGGGCAAUUUCUGCAGAUAUGCUUUGAAGAUCCACAAGGAAAACGCUUCCAAACCGCACAGGCUGCCUCCUUGCCAGCUGUAUUCCUGCUGAGGCGCUUUCUGACCUGCUUGAGGUGUCGCAUCCCAAGUGAGGACGAGGAGGUCCUGGGUAGGAGGCAAAGAAUUUAAAACGAUGCAGACUUCCUGUAUCAUCAACUUCAAUUAUUUCCUUUGACAUGACUGGCAGCCUCUGCAAAGGAGGAAACAUGCUCUGCCCUCUUUUGGGGCAGUUCUCUGGAGAUGCCACGCUGCUGCAAUGGAGCCCCGGGCUGUUUUGGGCACAGGAGCAGCUCAGCCCCCCUCCCACUACCCUUGCGGUGCUCAGACCCAGUGCUGGAUUUACGUAUAAGCUAAACAAGCUAUAGCUUAGGGCC